AUGGACCGCGAGCAGCCGCGUGUGCAGGAUGCUUUUGCUGCUGCUGCUGCGUUUGAGCUUGUGCAGGAUGCGCUGGUGCCCCCGCAUGAGCGGAUCAGGGCGAUACUCGAGUCGUUGCCGGUCCUGGGGAAGGAUAGCGUCGACCUCGAGGAGCCAUGUCCGAUUUGCUUGGUUCCCUUCGAGACUGUGUUUGAGGAGGAUAAGGAAGGUUCAGAGCAAAGAGAAGGCGAGGAUCAGCAUGAGCCAGGGCUUGGAGGUGUAACAAAGCUGAUUGGAUGUGGGCAUAUCUUCUGCCGGAGAGACUUGACUGAAUGGAUACGAAGUCAUCACGGCAGCUGCCCAACAUGCAGACACACCUUCCUCAACAUCCGCCCGCCUUCUGAAUCCGAUGACGAGUCCUCCGACGGCGGCGAAUACAUCCCCAAUCCCGACGAGAUUGAGGAAGACGACGGCUUCACCGACGCAGAUGUGGAGGACUUCUCCGUCGAGGGCAUGGACAUCGACUUUGACGAGCUCUGGGAGGAGCCCCAGGAGGACGACGCCGUAGUUAUGGGCGAUGAAGAUGCUGAGCUCCACUCGGGGCUGACCAUGGAUAUGGAGGACGAGGACGAGGACGAUCCAGACUACGAGUAUGAAGAGAGCGAGGUGGAUCGGACGUCUGAGUGGGGCCUCACGGACGGCGAGUCCGAGUCUAUGUCGUCGUCGAUGUCCGAGGGUGAUUUGAGUAUGAGCAUGGGCGGGGAGGACAGAGUGUUGGUUGGGGGAGCGCUGGAGCGGGAGGUUAGUGUCUCGGUGCACGAAGACGAAGAUGCCAACGGCGAAGAGGGCGAGGGCUUAAAUCCUGGCGACCUCGUCUCUCAGGAUCCCAAAUAG